AUGACGACUCCCGAAGUAUCCCACGGCCGCGGCGGUGCCGGCAACAUCACCCCCGACAACACCCAGUACGUCGACGGUGAGAUUGUCCGCGCCGGCGAGGAGGGCAGCCACGAUGACGGCGCAUUCAGCACCGGACGAGGAGGCGCGGCCAACAUCGGCGACGCACACAAGAAGGGCGGCCCGCGGCUCGACAAGGAGGUGGUCCCCGAGGCCGCGGUCCGGCCGAGCCAGGACAACUCGGACUACCAUGUCGGCCGUGGCGGCGCCGGCAACGAGCACGUCGUUAACAAGGACAAGGCCAAGGAGAAGAAGGACCUCGUCCCCACCGGCCUGGCCGACAAGCUCAAGAACAAGAUCUUCGGCUCCUUCAAGAAAUAA